UAGAUAUUCAACCUGAGAGGUAUAUGUGCAUAUAUGAUAACCACUAGAGAAUUAUAACGCACGCGACCCGCUCAAGCCAUUGACAGCUGGGUCGUAUGACUGGGUUGAGUUCUAGUGAAGUAUUUAGGCGAGUUGUACAAACAGCCGAGCUCAGUCAGGGAACGUAUCCCACCACAACAACACCAUGAAAGUCCGCGGGAAGGUCGCCUUGGUUACGGGAGCCGCACAGGGCCUAGGGAAGGCGUUUGCAGCGUCUCUGUUGGAGAACGGUGCUAAGGUUCUGUUCUCGGAUGUUAACUCGGAAAAGGGACAAGAGACGCUGAAAGAGUUUGAGAAAAAGUUUGGACAAGAAAACGUGGCUUUUGUAAAGUGCGAUGUCACAUCACAGGCAGAUAUGGAAGCUGUUUUCCAGCAGGUGCGUGACAGGUUCGGGGGACUGGACAUCAUGUGUAACAACGCCGGGAUCGGGGGAGAGAGCCGGGAGAUGUGGGAGAAGACUGUCGACAUCAACCUGAAAGGCAUGAUACGGGGCACGUACCUGGCAAUGGACGUGAUGAGGCAGGACAAAGGGGGAAGAGGAGGGGUCAUCGUCAACGUAGCGUCCAUGGCAGGUAUAAACCCAAACCCAUUCGGCCCGGUUUACUGUGCUACUAAAUUUGGCAUCGUGGGCUUCUCCAGAAGUUGGGCUUUGAAUCCUGAGUGUACUGGGAACGGCAUCCGUAUCAACAUGUUGUGUCCGGCCUUCGCCGACACGGCCCUGGUGGCCGACAUCGACAACACCGCCGUUGGAUCACCGACUGCUGCCAAAGAGUUCAUCGACAAAAUUGGGAUAAUGACUCCCGAAUAUGUGGCGGAAGGAUUUCUGGAUCUCGUUCAGGAUGAAACAAAGAAUGGCGCUGUUUUAAAAAUGGGAAAGUCGUUCGGCAAAGUGUAUCACGAAUAUUAAAAACAAUGAAAACGUCGAGAAAGUGAGAAAACCAAGAACAAGGCAUGUGGAGUGACCUAAAGACAAGACCUGUCGGGACUGGUAUUGACGCACAGUAUCAUACCGACACUACAAUUCAUGAAAUCCUCUUGUGGUCAAAACCAGAACUAAAGUUGUAUAAAUUACGAAUGCUUCGAAGAAUAUUACCUAAAAAAAGUAAGAGUAAUACAUUGUUAGUUGAUUAGUCCUCUUUACGAAGUUAUAAAUAUUAUCCUAAAAAAAGUAAGAGUAAUACAUUGUUAGUUGAUUAGUCCUCUUUACGAAGUUAUAAAUAUUAGCUACGUUUUGAUCUCAAAAGGCUUUCGAGAAACUUCGUGACAGGGCGUACACCAUGGCAACAUAUGACAUCACAAAGGGACGUGUUGCUGCACGUGUUGUACGUGCAAUAUAGCGAAAACAUUUCUUCCCGAAAUUUGUCACUGUGCCUUCAUGCAUAUCAAUGCACGUGAUGGAAAAUAGCAGUGUAUAUGUAUGUUGUCAUAGAUACAUUAACAUGCACGUUCUAUAAAGUUAAAUUACGCAUAUUCUAGAAUGUCAUAUAAUUGUCACUUUGUAUCAUGCAUCGGCAUGUAAUAUCUAUAUAUUUGUAUAUGUGUACAUGUAUAUUAUUUAAUCCGUUGUUAUAAACUUUACAAUAUA